GCCGGGCCUGGAGGCGGGGCCGAGCCCCCGGCAGGCGACCCGAGGGCCGAGGGUGCGGAGCUGGCAGAGGUUAAACACUUUAAGAUGAGAAAAACUGAACUGUGUCUGAGCUCUGAAGGGUCCGAAGUGAUUUUAGCUACAUCAAGUGAUGAAAAACACCCACCUGAAAAUAUCAUUGAUGGGAAUCCAGACACAUUUUGGACCACUACAGGAAUGUUUCCCCAGGAGUUCAUUAUUUGUUUCCACAAACAUGUAAGGAUUGAAAGGCUUGUAAUCCAAAGUUACUUUGUACGGACCUUGAAGAUUGAAAAGAGCACAUCUGAAGAGCCAGUUGAUUUUGAGCAAUGGAUUGAAAAAGAUUUGGUACACACAGAGGGGCAGCUUCAAAAUGAAGAAAUUAUGGCACGUGAUGGCUCCGCUACUUACUUGAGAUUCAUUAUUGUAUCAGCCUUUGAUCAUUUUGCAUCUGUACAUAGCGUUUCUGCAGAGGGAACAGUAGUUUCAAAUCUUUCCUAGUAAUUAUUACAAAAUGCUCUUACAUGAUUUUUUAACAACAUAUUUAUUUAAACAGAAAGCUGUCAUUGAUAUACUUUAUUAAAAGGAUUUGUAUCAA